AUGUCCCACAAUGUUUAUAUCGGCUUCAUAUUGGGUAUAAUAGGUCUCUACGUUACCAAGAUCUUCUUAACCCGCAAAAGGCCGCCAGGUCCACUCCCGCCAGGACCACGACCUAAGCCUAUAGUCGGCAAUAUCGCCGAUCUGCCACCUCCAGGGACACAGGACUGGAUGCACUGGCUCAAACAUAAGGACUUGUAUGGCCCGAUUAGCUCGAUCACUGUAAUGGGCCAAACAAUCGUCAUCCUAAACGAUGCAAACGUAGCAUUAGAACUGUUAAGCAAACGUUCAGCGAUCUAUUCAUCGCGUCCAAAUCUAGUAUUCGCAUCAGAGAUGUACGACCAGGACACUUUGAUCAACAUCAUGUUAUACAAGUUAGCUAAUACCCAUAGGGUCGGCUGGGAGCACAUCCUAGCCAUGCAGCCAUAUUCAGCUCGAUUCCGCACCUAUCGGAAGGCCUUACAGCCCUACCUUGGCUCCGAGUCCGCCGUUUCUCAAUUCAACUCACUCCAGGAGAUCGAAGCUCAUCGGUUUCUCCUGCGCGUGCUUGGAGAUCAAACAAAGCUCGCGGAGCACAUCCAAACUGAGGCUGGAGCUAUUAUUCUUCAAAUUGCAUACGGGUAUACAAUCGAGGCCCAUGUUCGUGAUCCCUUGGUGCAUAUUUCGAAUCUGGCUUUGGAUCAUUUCUCGGCUGCUGGAACGCCGGGGGCUUGGUUGGUGGAUAUGAUCCCAGCGUUGAAAUAUGUUCCUUCGUGGAUUCCUGGUGCUGGGUUUAAGCGAACCGCAAAAGCAUGGAAGAAGAAUCUUGAGACUGUCGCUGAUCAACCUUAUGCCUUUGUCAAGCUGCAGAUGGAAAGUGGUCGGUACAAGCCAUCAUAUCUCUCCAAUCUGUUCAAGAAGGAUGGAUUUCCCUUACCUGGGUCAGAAGACGAGGUAAUUGCAAAGUGGAGCGCUGCUUCACUUUAUACUGGAGGCGCUGACACGACUGUGUGUGCUGUUGAAUGUUUCUUCCUGGCAAUGACGCUCUUCCCUGACGUCCAACGCAAAGCCCAAGAGGAGAUCGACCGCGUGCUGGGAUCGAAUCAGCUUCCUCAAGUGAAAGAUCGAGCUCGAUUGCCUUAUGUGAAUGCUGUGGUGAAGGAGGUUCUGCGCUGGCAUCCGGUUGCGCCGAUGGGGAUUCCCCAUGCAUCAAGCGAGGAUGAUACCUGGGAUGGAUAUUUCAUCCCCAAGGGCUCAUUGCUGAUGCCAAAUAUCUGGGCAAUGACGCAUAAUUCUGCAGUCUAUCACGAUCCCAUGGUAUUUAAGCCUGAGCGCUUCCUCGGUAUUGAUGGUAGAGGGCCAGAGAUGGAUCCGCACGAUCUUGUCUUUGGGUUUGGGCGUCGCAUCUGUCCUGCAAGGUUUUUGGCUGAUACUACUGUUUAUCUGAGUGCUGCUCAAUCCCUCGCUGUGUUCAAUAUUGAAUCGAGAGAAGGUCAAAAAGGAAAGGGAGUUCAGCCAGAAUUCAAGCCGGGGGUCAUCAGUCAUCCAGAACCCUGGGAUCUUCAUAUUGAGCCUCGAAGUACAGCUCAUGAGGCUCUCAUUCGCUCGGUGGAACAAAAUUCAUCCGUGGGAGCAGAGCAACGCUUUUGA